AGGAAAACGAAACCAAAACAAACGUCGCUAUAGCAACGAAUGUUGUCAGAAUUAAAACGUGUCGAAAAACCGUAAAUUGUAUCCAAUGACGCUUAUACUACAUAAUAUUUUUUUUUUUUAAUAAUGAUUGCUACAAUAAUAAUCACGAUCUAUAAUACGAGUAAAGUUUACUCAAUUAAUGAAAUUUACCUUUAUUGUGUAAAGUUACGGUUUUUUCUAUAACCAUAGACAAUACGAAAAACAUGCUUCCGUUAAACUGCUUUACCGACACGGCUCAGAAUUUUGUCACUAGAUGGAGCUUCAUUCAAAAAUUCGCCAAUCGGCCACCAUUGUUGGAAGUGAUUUUACAGCAUUUUGUCGAAAUUUGUAUAAUUUGUGAUAGUUCUCGGCAAACUACAGAGUUAAGCUCGAAGGAUCUGCACACGUCGUAAGGGAGAAGAGUUACGCGGGCGAAGGCUUGAAAAUUGCCGGCAUCAUUAUGGUGGACUGAGAGGGUGUUUGUUGUGGGACUCAGCUGGACUCGCGUCGAGAACCGCCAUGUCCGGCUCGCAGCACAACCCCAAUGGGCGGCAGUCGCAACUGGGCUCGAGCUGGAGCCCCCUGCAGGUGUUGCAGAUGGCGAACCUGCUGGCGCGCGCGCCCCAGGCCCACAUGGCGUCGGAGCGCGGCGUGACGUGGCACACGCCCACCCCCCCGCCGCACCUGUACCACGUGCCGCAGCCCUCGCCCCCUGAUCCGCUGCAGGCCAUGAAGGGCGCGGGCAACUCGGUGUUCCGGCACACGGCGACGCCGCCGGAGCUGUACCGCCACACGCCCACGCCGCCCGACAAGCAUCUCCUCAGACAUACUCCGUCGCCCGGCGACGUGAAAGCUGGCGCCGCGUUGCCUCCGGCCGACUUGUAUGCACACCUGGGACCAGGCAGAGAUAAAGUAAUGGUCGGCGCGGAGCUGCUGCCGGGCGCGUACGGGCGCGGCGUGGACCUGUCGCUGGGCGCGCGCGCCAACGGCGCCGCGCUGUCCGUGCGCGACGCGCCCACCAUCAACUCCCUCAUCGCGCGCGCGCCGCGCCACCACCGCGUGGACGAGCUGCUGGAGCGCCUGGCGCCCGCGCCCGCGCCGCCCGCGCCCGCGCCCGUGUCGCCGCACAGCGUCAUCGUCACCGCGCGCGCCGCCGCCACGCCCUCCCCGCCCUCCUCCAACGAGGACUCCGCCGACUCCGGCCACGCGGCCAAGCGCAAGAGGAAGCCCGAGCGCACCGUGCGCGUGCCCUCGCUGCCGCCGCCGCCGCCGGCCGUGUCGCCGCCGCCGGCCGUGUCGCCGCCCCGCCGGCCGGCGCUGAACGGCGCGUCGCCGCCGCGCAACGGACCGGCGCCGCCCGGCCCGCCCCCGCGCAGGAACACCCGCUCCGGCUCCGCCGAGACUAUCGACGACAUCGCGGCUAUGAUCGCCAGUACCGACCAAAAGGUGGAGGAGCCUGCGCCAAAAGAACCGGAAAAGCCUAUCGAACCUGUUACCAUCGACAAGCUGAAAAGCGUGCUCGCGAGCGAUACGGAACACAAGCCGGAUGAAGCUCCCAACUCACCGCCGAAAGUUCAGCAGCAGGUGGAAGAGGCCCCCGUGGAUCCCGUUCCUGCGGCCGCGCCGGCGCCGGCGCCCUUGCCCUCGCCGCCGUCGGGGCAGGCGGCGGCCGCGGCGCCCCGCCGGCGCGCCGCGCGCACGUCGCCCUCGGCCUCCGCCAACGUGCCCGUGGAGUCGCCCUCGGAAGCCAAGCCCGCCGACCCGCUCGAGCCCGCGCACCCCGCCCACCCCGCCCAGCCCGCCGACCCGGCUCAGCCCGCCGAACCCAGCGCGGCAAGCUUUGUCGAGGUCGAGAAUCAGCUGGAGAAGAUGUUCGCGGGGAUCGAGGAGGCUCCUGUUAAUCAAGAAGGCGACCAACCAGUAGAAAAAGAGAAACCUCAAACCACAAAAGCGCGUAAGCGGCGAAAAUCCGCGCCCACCAAGGGCGAGAGGAAAGCCUUGCGCCGCGCCUCCCGCGCCGACACGGGCGACAAGAAGAAGAAGGCGCCGGCGCGGCGGACCAAGGACAAGGACGCCUACGACUCCGGCAGCAACGCCAGCUCCGGCCGCUCCAGGGGGCCCUACGUGCAGAUCCGCGGGCCGCGCGACUCGCCGCUGUCGGUGGCGGUGAUCAACGCGGCCACGGGCGACGACGAGGAGCCGGCGCGGCGCAAGGACGACUUCCGCAACGGGCUGCGCACGCGCGGCCUGCACUGCAGCACGCUCGGCUUGCGGUACGACGCGACGACGCCAGACGCGACGUGGUUGUGCGUGUUCUGCGAGCGCGGCCCGCACGCGGCCGGCCUCGGGGACCUGUUCGGGCCCUACCCCCUCGACACCGACUGCGACGAGUACAGGUAUGUAGUCGGUCAGGUACCACGCGACGUGGUUGUGCGUGUUCUGCGAGCGCGGGCCGCACGCGGCCGGCCUCGGGGACCUGUUCGGGCCCUACCCCCUCGACACCGACUGCGACGAGUACAGGUAUGUAGUCGGUCAGGUACCACGCGACGUGGUUGUGCGUGUUCUGCGAGCGCGGGCCGCACGCGGCCGGCCUCGGGGACCUGUUCGGGCCCUACCCCCUCGACACCGACUGCGACGAGUACAGGUAUGUACCACGCGACGUGGUUGUGCGUGUUCUGCGAGCGCGGGCCGCACGCGGCCGGCCUCGGGGACCUGUUCGGGCCCUACCCCCUCGACACCGACUGCGACGAGUACAGGUACCACGCGACGUGGUUGUGCGUGUUCUGCGAGCGCGGGCCGCACGCGGCCGGCCUCGGGGACCUGUUCGGGCCCUACCCCCUCGACACCGACUGCGACGAGUACAGAGCAUUGGACGAAGCGACACGAAGAAAAUAUGAAGCGGCCGGCUCUGCCUGGCUACACGAGGCUUGCGCAGUAUGGGCGCCUGGACUAUUGGCCGCCGGGGCCCGACUAUGGGGACUCGCGAGCGCGGUGUGGUCGUGCCGCGGCGCGCGCUGCGCGGCGUGCGGCGGCGGCGGCGCCGGCCUGGCGUGCCGCGCCCGCGCCUGCCGCGCGCGCGCGCACGUGCCCUGCGCCGCCGCCGCCGGCUGGGCGCUCGACCUCGACCUCUUCGCCGCCGCCUGCCCCCGCCACGUCGGGGCCAGCUAAGACCGCCGCCCCGGCCUCACAGUGCGGGACUAGUGAUAUAUCGUGCGGAGUGACCUUCAACUAUUUGACAGAUACGACUGCGUAGUGCGGCAUGAAGUUUAAGGUGCGGCGCGUUAGCCCUGCGAGUGGCCCGGUGGCGUACCUGUAGAGUGGCGAAGCGAGCGACGUACCGCGGGCCCGAUUCGAUCGGUGCCCCGGAAAGCCGGGAUCGCGAACUCUCAUUCGAUAAAUUAAAACCGUAAUGUGUUGCAGCAGGAGUGGAAAAAAUACAAUCUGAAUAAAGUUUGUCAUAAAAAAAUUAGGUUUCUAUGAACUUUAGUAAAUAUUAUUAUAAAUAUUAUAUUCAUUCCUACUUCUACUAAGUCCUAUUAAAAUAAAAUCAAAACAAAACCAUGAAUGUGAAAAUUCUGUAAAAAAAAAAUAACUUAACGCGGCGGGCCCGCUUCGAUAUUGGAAACCGCUCCGUUUCAAAUAUUAAAUUAUUUCACUAUGACGCGCCGCACCUCAUUCGACAUCUCUCAAACUCAAUAUUUAUAGGUACCAGCUCGAACAUGGUACCACCCAUUGAGUGCACUUAACUUGCGUACCUACUUUCGGUAGACAUUUUACUGAAUGUGUUAUACUCUGAACAUGUUUAGUUAAAAAGUGUGCUUAAGUGACGAAUACGCUUGCGCGCAACUCUUGUGAUAUGAUUUUAUUGCAACAUAUGAUUGCCCUUUUGAUGUAUUUAUGUCUUAGACUUUUAUUUUUGCGCCCUUUUUUAUUUUAAUUAAGGUUUUUGUAAAUUUGGAAAGUACUCGUAUCUGAUGAUGGAAUCUCUGUUACCUAUGAUUUGACGUUGUCAAUAUUUAUUAGAGGGAUGGUUCCGAUAUAAGCUUUGCACCGUUUAAGGUGUGUUCUGGUGUGUAAGUACAUCUAGAUACAAUGGUAAUAAAUGUAAGCAAAAUGUAAUGCCAGUAUUGAGUGUGCUUUGUGAGAAGUUAUGUGUAUUGCAGUAGUAUCUUAAAAAGACAUUAUUAUGAAUAUUGCUACAUUGUAAAAGCUUGAUAACAAAAUCAGAUAAGAUAUUAAACAAUGUGUAAUUUGACAUUCUAUUUAAUGUAUUUUUCAAAUAACUACUGCAAUGUAUAAUGAUAGAGUUAUUGAGCCACAGUAGAAACAUCAUAAGCAGUAACCUACCUUCAAACAAAACUUUACCUUCCUGAUUAUACCUUGUAUGGAGUAUAUUGUUUUUGCUGUUGUCUGCUGUGGUUACGCUAUCUAAGUCUACUGCCGUUUGAUCCGUAAGCAAUACAAGAAUUUUUUUUUUCAACAAUGUUUUAUGAGCCAGUGGCUGGUGGUUGAUGCUAAGCGAGGAGCUUCUACGACUGUCAUAUCAUACAAGAUUAUUGAACAUCCUGUAAAAAACCUGAACAAAUGCCAUAUAAGUAGCAGUACUAGUGCAGUCACUAUGUAAGUCCAUAAACACUAACUAAUAUGAUAAAAUGAUCUGGGAAUAAAAUAUUAUGGACCGGGCAUCAAAACAUGUGCACUACAAUCAUUACUACUUUAGUUCUUCAAGGCAGCUAUAGUUCAUUAUGAUAAUACUUUGUUAAAAGCUGGUCGGUUAUAUUCCCUUUCUUCUUUUCAAUCUUAUAUUCUCAAUUCAAUGAUUUUCAUUCUCUAACUAUAGAUGUAGCCUCUAACAAGCAUCUCACAUACUCCUCCUCGCUUCGCUCGUCGCCACAUUUCCCCAUUCCCAUUGACGUUUGUUACGAUUAAAUGUAUAGACAAUUUGUAGAUAAUGUUAACAUAAUAUAUUAUCCAAUUUUCGAAAUCCGGAAAAAAUAUGUACAGAAUAUUUUACAUAUACAUUAAAAUUUAACAGUGAAUAGAUGUAAUUUUUUUAGUAAUCGGAAUUUUAGAAUUAUGUAAAUAUGCAUGGUUGUCCCUUUGGGAUGACUAGGACUGUAAAUAUAGUUGUAAUGUGAAUAGCAGUUAUCAUGAGGACAUCGGGUCACCUAUCGAAGGCAUAUUUAGCAAAUGGAACAGUAUUGCAGACAGCUAUGAGGUUUACAUUAUUUGUGGCUUUCAACCGCGGCCUUGAGUAUGGUGGAGGUAUAACGACCAUAAUAUAAUUAUCUUAUCAAUAUACUUAAAGCUGAUGUGACAUCCGCGCCCGAAAGGAACUAUUGUGUCGAAAAUACUAUUAAAAAAUUGUACCCUAUUGUACUGUCAUCAAGUCAACAUAACACGUAUUUUAACUUAAAAAUAAUAAUUUAAUGGUACAAAGUCAUUGUAAUAACUAUCCAAAGUGUGUAAAAUAUUUAGCACAAUGAGCUGAUUUAUAUUAUAUAGAAAUCAUUGCCAAUACUUCAUUAUGAUGAUCGUUUAAAUAUUAUUACAAUCUUUAUGUAGAUUAUUUUCAAGUGGCUCUUCCGAACUAUUAAAAUGUUUCAAAUAUGUAAACCUCAUCUAAUACCUUUCAACAAGGCGGUUGGAGAACCGGCAGGUAUUCUUGCUCAUGAUAUUUUACGGUGUGAUUAUAAAUUAGACAUAAAUCUAUUGCACUAUUUAAGUUAUAAAUACUGAUGUAUCUAAAAAAAAAAACUAAAAAGUAAUUUUUACUACAACUUUGUAAUUAGGAUAUUGUUGUUAGACAUAUUUGGGUAGGUAAUACACAUGCAUCGAAUAUUCAUCUAUCUACACCGUGAAAUAUUGUGGUGGGCAAAUAGUUGUCGUGUUCUAUCCUUGUUGGUUAGGCCAAUAAAACGUUCGCAUAGACGUGGAACAAGGCAGUGAUAUUAUAUAACUUAUAAUAAAUGCGUUACAUUCGUGUAAUGUUAUAUUUUAUGUACACCAUACAACUUUUCAGUUGCCAUUUUAGUAUCAAAACUAGUCUAACGUUAGUGUCUUGUGAUUUUAAAAAUUAUUAAAAAAAUCUGGGGUCUAUUAAAAAUACAAUUAUCUUUUUAGCUUCAUAUAGGUAUGUCGAUCAUAUAUUGUUGAGGAUAAAUGAAAUACACAAUUAUGUGUAGUGAUUAUACUUAAUGGUUCUUUGUACCAAGAAUUUUACGCUUAAAAUGUAACUGAAAUACCUGAAAUUGUUUACGCUGUUUGGUUUUGAAUGUGAUUUUUUGAAACCUGGUGUUAUGUCAAACAAAAAUAAUGAACUAAAUCUCUUUGGCAAUAAAGUACCUGCCUACUAUAUUUACUAUGUUCAAUUUAAAAAUAUUGAUGCAGGUACCGAACAAUGUGAUUAUAAUGAAAAUGUGAACAAACGUAAGUCUAAGUAAAAGUAACUUAGAAUAUAAAUCAUGUUGUAUUUUAAUCAAAAACACAGCAUUCAAGGAAUCAAAAACAUUGGGAUUUAGAAAUUAAUAUAAUACGAGAUUUGUUCCAAUCAUAAUUUUUCGAUUAAUUUAUAUUUAAAACAAAAGACGAAAAGUAAUCGUGAAUCAUUCCCAGUAUAUUAUGAACUUUAAUUUAUUCCUUUUGACUAAAUCAAAACGUGGGCAUUGUAUAGAUUAUAUAUUUUUAAUAUGUACCUAAAGUAAUUGCUUGGCAGCAUAACUAUUAUGCGCCAGAAAUUGGCAAGACAAUUUCAUCAAAAUCAAACGCGUAAUCAAAUUGGAAGGCAUUUUCGUAUAAGAGGGUACGAGCUAUCAUAGCGUGCGCGCGCGCUUCAUAAAUUAAUCAUGUACUUUAAUUCCAAGGAUAGGACAUAGACUGUAUUUAGUAAAAAAUAUUAAGGUACAAAUUUACGGUAGGGAAAACUGGCCAGUUAGAAUUUUUAAAAUUUACGAAGCAAUGUACGGAUAGCUACCCAAAGCCUUGGUUUUUUGUAAAUGGUGUAAGAUUUUUUUUCACUUACGGCAAAUGAUUACUUUAUUAAGUAUGUAAUUGUUAUAAAUUAUAUUUAUCAUGACAUUAUAAGCAAAUUGAAAUACAACAUGUUUAAAAUGAA